AUGUCAUUCCGUAGUAUAGUUCGUGAUGUGAGGGAUGGGUUUGGGAGCUUAUCGAGACGGAGUUUCGAUGUAAGGCUGCCAGGUCAUCAUCACAGAGGGAAAUCCCAUGGCUCAGUUACUGAUGACUCACAUGACCAGCCGGCAGUUGUCGUCCAGAGCAGCCGUUGGGCUAGUCUGCCGCCAGAGUUGUUGCGUGAUGUCAUCAAGAGGUUGGAAACAAGCGAGGGCACUUGGCCUGCUCGUAAACAUGUUGUUGCAUGUGCUGCUGUUUGCAGGGCGUGGCGAGAAAUGUGUAAAGAAAUUGUUAGGAAUCCCGAGUUCUCUGGGAAGAUCACUUUCCCAGUUUCCUUGAAACAGCCAGGGCACAGGGAUGGGCCUAUCCAGUGUUUCAUUAAGAGAGACAAGUCCAAGUUAACUUACCAUCUUUUCCUUUGCCUGAGCCCUGCUUUACUUGUUGAAAAUGGCAAGUUUCUUCUCUCUGCUAAACGGACCAGAAGAACUACUUGCACGGAGUACAUAAUCUCCAUUGACGCCGAUAACAUAUCAAGAUCAAGUGGAACAUAUAUUGGAAAGCUAAGGUCAAAUUUCCUAGGCACAAGAUUCAUUAUCUACGACACUCAGCCACCCUACAAUAACGCUCAAAUCUCACCACCGGGUCGAAGCAGAAGAUUCUACUCCAAGAAAGUCUCCCCUAAGGUCCCUACAGGAAGCUACAACAUCGCGCAGAUCUCCUAUGAGCUCAAUGUGCUUGGCACCCGGGGGCCGCGCAGGAUGCACUGUACCAUGCACUCAAUCCCCACUUCAUCACUGGAAACUGGUGGUUCAGUCCCUGGUCAACCUGAGAUCCUGCUCCCUCGGUCCCUCGAGGAUUCGUUCCGAAGUGUCUCGUUGUCGUCCGAGUUCAGCAGCUCAAGGUUCUUCGAUGUUGCGGCAGGGCCACCACGAGGGGGAGGAGAUGAUGACGUGGAAGGGGAAGGGAAAGACAACUGCCCGCUGAUUCUGCGUAACAAGGCUCCAAGGUGGCACGAGCAGUUGCAAUGCUGGUGCCUGAACUUCCGUGGCCGAGUCACUGUGGCAUCAGUGAAGAAUUUCCAGCUGAUAGCUGCGAAUCAGCCAGCUGCAGGUGCGCCAACACCUUCACAGCCGCCGCCACAGUCUGAUCAUGAUAAGAUUAUUCUGCAGUUUGGUAAGGUUGGGAAGGAUAUGUUCACUAUGGAUUAUCGGUAUCCGCUGUCUGCUUUUCAAGCUUUCGCCAUAUGCUUGAGCAGCUUUGAUACUAAGCUGGCUUGUGAAUAG